AACCACGUUCUUGAAGGAGCACACAUGUACGACAAGAACAGCUAAGCUAAGGUCAGAAGUAAGAGUAAGCUUCAAGGGAAUAGAAGGAGGCAGAACACCAAGAGAUGUUGUUGGUGUGCAGAAAUAUUGUGAGUGCUUGUCUACUGAGUUUUCUAUGUAUCGUACUUCUUGAAACGGCAUUUACUUUGUCAAACGAAGCGGAAUGUGUACGCCCAGCAUCUCCCUCUAACGGCAGAGUUUGGUUUCGUUUCCGAGGUGGUUUAUCAGCUAUUUUUACAUGCAGUACUGGAUAUGUGUUGAUCGGACAGAACGUCUCAAGUUGUAUGAAUGGCAAAUGGAACUAUCCACCACCCACUUGUCAGGAAGCAGAAAUUCGUUGUGAAGAAUCAUAUAAGCAAGGAAAGAUUGAAGAGAUUUUGGCUAAGCCACAUGAAGAACUUGUGCUGGGCUGUAAUAAUAACAAACACCAGGGUAGUCAACCUGUGUGGUUUAAGGACAAUACCAUUAUAGAUAUUCUUGGCUUCACAAACAUCCAGGUUCUUCCAAAUAGUUCUCUACUAUUGGAGGUUUAUUCUGUUAGAGACCAAGGUUUGUAUUAUUGUCUAACUCAAAGUUCUGAAAGUCUUCAAAUAAACCGAGCAGUGCGAAUAAGAAUUCUGGAAGAAAAACAACCAACAGUUCCAGUGAAUGCAUUAUCAGCUCAGGAGUGCUUUUUAGAAUUUCGGAAUCAGAUGACAAAGUUGUAUGUAAGACCAGGAAGUACAGCUUUACUACAUUGUGAUGUUAAUGAUCCUACAGCAAGUGUUUCAUGGUUUGUUCAUGGACAGCAUAUUGAAUCUGAUGAUAGGAUUGGUGACAUAGGUCAAGGAAAGUUUCAGAUAAUGAACUUCACAGCUUCAGACAGUGGCAUUUAUAGCUGCAUUGUGCAAACGCUCUAUGACGAGAAGUGCAAACUGUCAAGAAAUAUUGAGGUGGCUGUAGAGCAGCAAUCAGUGUACCCUGUCUACACUUGUGGUCGACCUUUAGAGAAGGAGACUCGAAGAAAAAAACGAAUUAUUGAUGGCGUUCGGGCUCCCCAAAAUUCAGCACCGUGGAUGUGUAUGCUAUCGACGGAAAAGGUCCCUGUAGUUUGUGGUUGUUCCUUAAUAAGUGACAAGUGGAUCGCUACAGCUGCUCAUUGCUUUAAUUAUCUUGAUAGCAAGGGAGUCGUAACUCGAGUACACACUGAUGAUGAAGCAAGAAAUAAUUUUUUUAUCAAACUUGGAAAGGUGCGAAGAAGCCCAGAGCCUGAAGAAGUUUAUGCUAAGAUCCGCCAUCUAGUAAUUCAUCCUAACUUUCGAUCCAGGAUACGUUACCCAGGAAGCAAUCCAAUUAUCAAUAAUAAUGAUAUUGCUUUAGUGCAAUUAGAAGAACGUGUAGCCUUUAAGCCUAAUGUACUUCCUGUUUGCCUUCCCAUGAAAGGUUUUCUUGAAAGUUUUCCCAUUGGUUCUUUGGGGAUGGUAACGGGUUGGGGAAGUGUCAGUGUCCAAGGUGCAACCAAAGCUUUAACGCUUCAACAAGCCAAUCUUCCUCUCGUAGCUAGAAGGGUAUGUGCAGACAGUUCAAGUUAUACUAUCACUGAGAACAUGUUUUGUGCGGGUUAUGCUGAAAGUUACAAGCCUGACACCUGUGGUGGGGACAGUGGUGGCCCAUACAUUAUGAAAUUUCAGGGAAGAUGGUACCUUGCUGGAAUUGUUAGCUGGGGGGAGGGUUGUUCUUCCCCGAGAAAAUAUGGCGUUUAUACAAAGGUUGAAAAUUUCCUUUCUUGGAUUCGAUCUACCAUUGCAGAAAAUUAAUAAAGGGGAUGAAAUAACCAGUAUCAUCAAAAUCCUGACAUCAUUUGAUUAACUUUAUUUCGACUUUUUAUCUUUACAAUGAAUGUUUGAUAAGCAAUAAAUAUACAGCUCUAAUUUAUACAUAUCAUUUAAGGCAACCUGGCUGUACAAUUAUUAAAUGACUAAUUGUGAUUUAUAGAGAAAAAA